AUGUUAGCACCAAUAGUGAUGGAUCGUAAUAUGACACCAUUAUUACCACCUGAUGAAGAUAUCAUCGAAUUACUGCGUAGUACCGAUUUUGAUGUUCGCUUGCAGACAUUAAGUCGUUUGACAAUAUGGGUGAAACAUAAUCCACAAUGGUUCAUAAAAUUUGCUAAAAAGGGUGAUUUAUUUAAUCAAUUCGAACAACUUUUAAUGGAUGAUCGUUGGGAGGUGCAACAUCAAUGCAUUAAAUUUCUGCAUGAUGCAUUACCUACUUUUGGAAAUGCAAGUUACACUUUUUUCAAUAAUAAAUUUAAAUGUAGGUAA